CUCAUCCGUAACACUGUAUUCUGUAUUCUGACAUUGGUAGCCUGUGAGCCAUCUGAGCAACUUGAAAAAUCCUCAACUAAUAACGCUGCGUAUUUCCUCCACUUUUGUAGGGUAGAUCUACCCUAAAUAACUACAGGCAAUAUGUGCAUCUGUGUGUAAACGUAGAAAUUGUAACAUUUCUGUACAGAGGAGGUUUUCUGCGGACAAGCAAGGGGCAAGAUCAAGUAGAGGGAGGGAGAGAAAGGGAGGGGAGUCUCCUGCACUGUAACGAGAGAGGGGGAGGGAAAGAGAGAGGACAUCGUUUCCUCUCCAGCACACACGCCGCAGGAAUAGACAGAACUGAUUGGGAGAAAGGGAGGAGAGGGGAGACAGAAGAAAGGAAAUUGUGAAGCAAUAAUACGACAGACUUCUUUGUUUUAACUAAUCAAUUGAAACGACCGAAGAGAGGAUUAAACUAAAACAGACUCGUGGUCGAAUAUUCUUCUACGACAGCUAUGCUUACUGGGCAAAGGUGUCGUUUAUAAGCUAAUCAGUAGGAAUAGGAGGACAUGUUUUAGGGAAUAGUCCUUCCGUUAAGGUAGGAUAUGGUUGUUGUUUUACAAAUAUAACGUAGUCUACACACAAAUGCUGGACCGUUUGCGCAGAGGCAUAGUGACUGAAUAUUCCAGCAUUUACUGAAAUCGCUAACUUCAUGUAGCGUUCGGCUGCUUCAUUGUUAAACUGCUUUGGCAACACCGACCAGAAAAAUAAGAGAGAUUUCUUGUAUCAUUGAUUUUUGUUUCAUAAAUCUGAAUAGGAUUCAUAUUCGCUUUGAGGCCUGUAAAGAUGAACUUGUAUUAAGCCUAAAGUAGCAUUCCUCAGUGAUACAUUUCACUUCAUUUAGGCCUAAUAAACGCGUUACAUUUCUCAGCAGAAAUAGCGCAUGCUUCCAAAACUAAUUAUUAUAAUUACCACUUUGAUACAAGGUUCACAAUAAAUCAACUGCGUCCAGAAUAAGAUUACUAUUAUGACCUUAACUGUUCCUGUCUUUACUGUUAACAAAGCAGAUCUAUUUAGGGAGAAAAGCAAGUGAUAGGAUACAUCGCUAGAGGAGAGUCUUGAAAAGAGGGAUUGGCGGUUAAUAAGACUAAUUUAGACCACAAACAUACAAACUGCAGCUUUAUCAAUGUUAAUGUCGACCGACGUUGCAUCAAUGAUGUUGCCUAUGUCCCGGCCACUGUUGGACCGGGAUAGAGACAUGGACGCGAUGGCGGGAGUGCACGCCAACUCGACCGGUGGUUCAUCGACCGUCAGGGGAAUGAAACGAGGGGAUCCAGAACCAGACGCCCAAACGGCGGCCGCUCUGAGCGAGUCAUCUGGGGCAGAGUGCAAGCGUCCACGAAUCGACGGGUCUGGUGGAGUCGGAGAGCUGGGCCAGAACAACGACCCCCUGACGAUGGGUUACCAUGGAUACCCACCUCCUAGUCAGGGCUCUCAGGACUCCAUGGCGGCUCAAGAGGGGCUGGUGCCCCCGCCCUUCUCUACCUUCCCCCCUCCCCCACCUCCGCCCCCCCAGAACGGCCUGCCGCUGGAGUACACCGCCGGCCUCUACACCCCCGCCGUCGGCCAGGGCCAGGUGGACGCCACCGUGGGCAUCAGCAACCCCGCAAACGCCCCCAACAGCCUCAGCGUCCAGCAAUCAGACGGGUCUCCUCAGACCGACGGUCACUGCGGCUCAGUGUCGGGGUCAGGGGUCGUCGGUGGUGUCGAUGACUCGGAUAAGAUGACCCCGAAACGCUUGCACGUCUCCAACAUUCCCUUCCGCUUCCGGGAUCCGGACCUGCGGCAGAUGUUCGGGCAAUUUGGGAAAAUCCUGGAUGUAGAGAUUAUUUUCAAUGAGAGAGGAUCGAAGGGCUUCGGGUUCGUGACGUUUGAGUCAGCGUCUGAUGCUGAGAGGGCCAGGGAGAAGCUGCACGGCACCAUCGUGGAGGGACGCAAGGUCGAGGUCAACAACGCCACAGCCAGAGUGAUGACCAACAAGAAGCUAGUUAGCCCCUAUGCUAACGGAGAAGCCCUUACAACUCUCCCUUAUGCAGGCUGGAAGCUGAGUCCUAUGGUGGGGGGCAUGUACGCACCGGAGCUCUACGCCGGAGAAACGCUGGUUCCAGGGUUCCCGUAUCCGACGGCAGCGGUGGCCGCGGCGGCAGCGACAACGGCCGCCUCGUUCAGGGGUGCCCACCUGCGAGGGCGGGGUAGGCCUGUCUACAGCGCAGUGCGGGCAGCCGUGCCCCAGCCUGCCAUGCAAGCGUACCCAGGCGUGGUGUAUCAGGAUGGUGGUUUUUACGGGGCUGCAGACCUCUAUGGUGGCUAUGCGACGUAUCGAUAUGCCCAGCCAACGGCCGCCGUAGCUGCUGGACCGUCUGCUGCUGCUGCACAUGCUGCCGCUCAAGCUUACAGUGAUGGGUACGGGCGAGUGUACACCACAGACCCUUACCACGCGGCCCUGACCCCGGCCGCAGCUGCCGCGUACGGAGUAGGAGCGAUGGCUACGUUGUACAGAGGUGGAUACAGUCGAUUUUCUCCAUAUUGAUAACGCCCGAGUCUUUCCUGGAACACGUCCCCCCCUCCUUUUUGGAUACUCUUUAACUGAUUCGAAAGAGCCCCACCCCCCCCCUGCAGCUGCGGAGUGCAAUUGCAUCUCUUUCUGUGGUCUUGGUAGGAUUCAUACUAUAUCCGAUGCACAUACUCUUGGUACAAAAGUAUAUAUUCAGUAAGGAAAGCAGUCGUGUCAACACAAUGCAAGUUUAUUUCCAUAUUGAAUAACAGUUAACCACCAAUUAAUUUGAACAACAAAAAAAA